GGAAAAGAUCUCCGUUUGGAAUUUCGCCAGACUCUCUCUCUCUCUCUCUACAAUGGCUCUCUCAGCAAGCCUUUCUUCUUCUGCUUCCUUUCUCUCCUGCCGUCCUAUCAGAAAUUCCAAUCGCUUAUCCAACGCUUCAUCAUCUCUCUCUUUGCGAUCUCCUCCCGUCAACCUCAAUCGCAGGAAACUCAUCUCCAUCCGAUCCAGCUCUGCUUCUGCAGCAACUACCACUGGGAGCAUUGCACCAGCCAUUUCAUUGACUGAGGAUGCAUUGAAGCAUUUGAAUAAGAUGAGGUCAGAGCGAAAUGAAGACUUAUGUUUAAGAAUUGGAGUUAAGCAAGGCGGCUGCUCUGGAAUGUCAUACACAAUGGAGUUUGAGAAUCGAGCCAACGCAAGACCAGAUGACUCGAUCAUUGAAUACAAUGGUUUCGUGAUUGUUAGUGAUCCAAAGAGCCUCCUCUUCCUAUACGGGAUGCAGUUGGAUUUCAGCGAUGCGCUCAUUGGUGGGGGCUUCUCUUUCAAGAAUCCAAACGCAACACAAACCUGCGGUUGUGGUAAAUCCUUCGCUGCCGAAAUGUAGAAUUAUAUACAUGAAGAAAAUACAAUGAGCAUAGAACAUAGUUCUUGUUAUUGGUUGACACCCAUCUGUAAAUUUGAUUACCAUUAACAGGUAUUCUGUUAGUCCACCAUUACUGGUGGACAUGGCAUACAUAAAUCUGCAUAUGGAAAGUUCCGGUA